UAAUUGGAAUUGGAUCCGGUCAUCCCCCACUGAGGUAUAGAAAAACACGGACACACUCUCUCUCAAUCUCCUCCUCACAGUCUGUGACAGAAAACUGCUUUGACAUCCACAAGCCUUGGCCUUUUACUUUCCCACUCUGCACUUUGACUACUACCGCUUUGCUUCUCAGGUUUCUGACAUGUGCAAUGUUUGCAAAUAGGUAGAAGUAAAGAUAGGGGUAGGGUACUCUAGGGGAAGUACAUCAUGAUCAAGCGGACUCAUAGUAGGAACCAGAAAACCAAAGGAGUCAGGGUGAAGCAUGUUCUGCAGAUUUGUCUACUGCUUGGGGUCUGCUUUUGGUUAAUCUAUCAGGUCAAGCAUUCCCAUGAUAAGAAGGCAGCAUUAGCUGAGAAAAAUGCAAAACCCUCAAUCAAAACUUUGAGUGAUGGUGAGCUUCUGAAACUAGGGAGGAAAGACCUUCCUCACCAGGAAGUCAUUAAAAGUGAGAAACAACAGGAAGAGGAGGAAGAAGAAACAGCUGGAGAGGAAGAAGAGAAACAUGAAGUAGAAGUGCGAGAAGAAGAGGAUCAGAAACAUGAAGUAGACGAGCGAGAAGAAGAGGAUCAGAAACAUGAAGUAGGAGAGCGAGAAGAAGAGGAUCCAAAGCAUGAGGCAGAAGAGCAAGAGGAGGAAGAAACCAAGAACGAAGAUACAGAGGAUGAGGGAAGAGGAGCUGGAGAUGAUGAGAUAGAUGAAAAUGAGCAAGAGAAAAAAGAAGGGGAAGCAGAUCACGAUGAGGACUUUGUAGAUGAAGAGAAAGAGAGAGAAGAUGAGGGGAAUGAGAAGGAUGGUGAUAAGAAUGAAAGUGAAGAGAGAGAGGAUCAAGCAGAAAAUGAGAAUUCAUUGGAUGAUCAGGAUAAUGAUACCCAUGACAACAAUGCUCAUGAGGCACGAGAGGAAAAUUACAAAGGCGAUGAUGCUUCUAGUGCAGUGACCCAUGAUACCCAAGUAAGUUCCGAAAACUCAAAUGAGAACUCAGAAGCUAGUGCUGUAGAAAAGGAUAUAAAAUCUAAUGACAAUUCACGAAUGGUUGAUGGUGUAAUGGCUGAAAAUGGUACUUCUUUAAAUGUAACCGCAAGUGAAGAGAAAGUUAAUGAUGCUAUGUCCAAUCCUGUGGAGAGCUCACUUUUGAAUGCAGUAGUGAAAACACAGUCUAAUGAUCUACCAGAAGCAAGCAAUAACUCAACAGAAAUCAAUAGGGCGACUAAUUCAUACCAGCAGAACGUAACAGAAACUGUAUAUGAGUCCGUUCACUCUCAAAAUGCAACGUUGGAUGGGACAACUACUGGAGAGGGCAUGACCAUACAAACCUUGGUUGUGGAACAAGCUAAUAACACAGCUUCCCAGAACAACCAAUCUGACUCAAAUUCAACAGUUUCUACUAAAAUUGAGAGUGCAGAUGGGGUAUUGGGAGAAUCAUCUAACUCCUCUAAUAAGGUAGAGACUAAUGUGUCAGAAAAUAUCUUAAGAUCUGAUGGAAUAGCUGAAACAGAGAAUGGUUCUAGUUCUCCAACAAUCAAGGAGAUCACAGAUACCUCUCAUAAUGAAGAGUCUAAUGGUACCAGUGAAUCUGGCAGGACAGAUGAAGGUUCAGACUCCACAAAUGUGACGGAGGAUGUUGUUCAGCAUGAUCCAAUUGAUUCUUCUGAUUCUCAUAUUGUCGAAGCCGAGAAAGAGGCUCGCACAGAUCUGGAUACAUUGCCAGAGAUAAAAACAGAAGGGGAUGAGAAUGGAGAGGCAGCAGCAGAAUGAUGAUUGUGGUAUUUGGGUUCUUCUGGUGCUUACAAUUUUCAUGCUUGCCUUUUCUUUUUAUAUGAAAAGCAAUUAGGUUAGUGUUUGUGAAUUUUAAUCUGUGGCUAGAAAAUCAAUAUAGCAGGUAAAAUGUAGGCUAGUUUAUGUAUCAGCAGCAGGUUCAAUCUGUAAAACUAAAUUCAACCUUCCUCUGUACUGUUUAUUUCUACCCUCAUCUUUCUUUUCAUUAUUUUUGUUUUAUGUGCUGUUUCUUUGUAUUGUAAGCUCUUGGGAAGAAGCUCAUGAUGCAUAAAAAGGAGAAGUGAAUUGUUUAAUGACCCAAGUUGAAAUUUGGAUGUCAUUUGAAUUGGAGAAAAAAAAACGAAUUAUUUUGGUGGUGAGAGUUUAAUUGGAUGG